GGUAAAGGCUAUCCAUAUAAAGGUCAAGGACGAAGAAACACAUGACGUCACGAGAAAAACAGAACCAAAUAUUUGACUGCCAAAGCCGAUGGUUUGCAAGUUGUAAGUGCAAUACCUGUAAAUAAUGUCAGAUUCGGAGGACGAAAGUAUCGACAAGCAGUUGAAGAUUGUUAUAAUUGGGGAUGGUGCGUCAGGGAAGACUUCCCUAACCACAAGGUAUGCACAAGAACAGUUUGGAAAACAAUACAAACAGACAGUUGGGAUUGAUUUUUUUCUGAGAAGAAUAGUUCUACCAGGUAAUGUAAAUGUAGCAUUGCAAGUAUGGGAUAUUGGAGGACAAACUUUAGGAGGAGGCAUGCUGGACAAAUAUCUAUACGGAGCUCAUGGUGUAUUACUAGUAUAUGAUAUAACAAAUUACUCCAGUUUUGAAAAUUUGGAAGACUGGCUGGUUGUUGUAAGGAGGGUAUUUGAAAAUGAAGGGAAAAUGCCCCAUAGAGCUUUAGUAGGCAACAAAGUUGACUUAGAACAUAUGAGAACUGUAAAAUUAGACAAGCAUCAAAAGUUUGCCCAAGAAAAUGGAAUGUCAAGUCAUUUUGUGUCUGCAAAAACUGGAGAUUCUGUAAACCUGUGUUUCCAGAAGAUAGCAGCAGAGAUACUAGGAAUCACGUUAACCAAACCAGAGCUAGAGCAGCACCAGAGAGUGGUUAAAGCAGACAUUAUUAACUAUCAGGCAAAAGAACAAACUUCAAAACAACCCCCUCCUCAGCCCAAAAGUUCUCUGUGUGCAAUACAGUGAUGAUGGUUUAUGUACAAAAGAAACCAUUUAUUAGAACAUCCACAAUUCUACCAAAAGCUUACCUAUAUUCAGUACAGAGAUGAAUGUUCAUUUUCAAAGGCAGCCAUAUGUAAACUGUACAACUAUUCCAGCCAAAGGUCCACAAUCAAUAUAAUGAAGAGGAUUUUGUAAGGAAACCAUUAAGUUGCAGAACAUGGAAUGGUUAACCCUUACCAUCAUCAACAGACAGCCCAAACUCUAGUCCAAUGCACAAGCUGUUUGAGUUUUGCACGUGUAAGCAGUGCUGAUGUCCACUGUUGUAGUUCACCAACUUGUGAUCUAAUUUUUUUUUUCUGUUGUUGUGACCCAUGUAACUACAUGUAUUUUAUUCUAUAAUUGAGUUAGAAAUACAGGUUUUGUACAUUAUUGAAAAAUUGGGAAAAAAAACAGCACCCAGAGGGUUAAUGGCUGAAGCACUUGGGUGAGCUUAAAGCAAAAGAUCAGAAAGGCACAUGUUUUAGAAGUGUAACUGUUGGUUCAUGAUCAAAGAAUCGUAAUUACAGAAAUGUUGAAAAAAAGAGAGUUAGCCAGGCUCUAUGUUUGAUUUUUGAAGACGUAAAUAAAAAGGGUUUGUUACUUCUGCCAUAAAGGAAGUUACAUUUUUAUCAGCUGGGUUUGUUUGUAUAUCAGUUUUUCUCAAAUUUUGGUGAAAUUCUUAGGGUAAACAUUUAUUUAGGAGGGGAAGUAAUGAUAACUGCAUCCAGGCCUCCCAGUGUUUUAAAAAGAUUUUUAUUGUCUUUUUGUCAUGGCAGAGUUACGUGCUCUUAGAGUGCUCCCUCAUUCUUAUAUCUUCAGAAAAACAGUGGCUGAUUUAACUGACUUUAGUUAGCAUAAUGCAUUUUGCAUGUGCUAGAGGCAUGUAAAACAUGUUUUGAAACAAGUGUGACUUGACCAUAGAAUAAUACUAAUUUAUAGAUAGAUGGAUGUGAAAGAUCCAUUUUUUAUCAAGUUAAAUUGUAUAGGUGUCGUUUGUUUUAUUUUUAUCUAUUUUCUAUGAAGAUGUCCUCACGUAAGUAUAAGUUAACUGCAACUUAAUUUCAUAUCACUUACCUGGCCUUUCUUUCAUCGGCGUUUAUUUUUAAAUAGUUUUUAACUGCUCAUAUUAAAACUACUGUAGAUUUUAUUAUUAUUAUUAUUAUUAUUUCAGGUUUUACAGGACUUUACAUACUUGUGUAUCUGUCUAUGAAUAUGAAAAAAAAAAUCACUACUAUUUUGAUAAGUGGAAAAUGUUUUAGAAAUUUGUUUAAUAUCCUUUGUAUAUGUAGUUAUAUGUAUAUUUUUUGCCACUUGCCAAGUCUUGUAGCCAUGUUCAGAAGCUGUAUCUAUGAGCAUGUAUGGAUUCGUACAUGCAUGUGCAUGUGUACCAACUGGUUACUCUCCCACAUGCACUUCUUAUUUACAGGUUUUGAAACUUGAACAUAGUUGCAAAGAUACUCAUUAUAAUUGUCUCAUUCUGUGAAGUUCAUUUAGUUCAUGAAAAAUAUCUAAUGUAAUCCAGUUAAAAGAUAUUGAACAUGACAUUUCAAAAGCUGGUGAUCUAUGACUAGUUUAGGAUAAGGUGGUUAAGAAAUCUUCUUUAAGUAGUUAUCAAUGGAAUUUAAAGAAAUUAAAGAUCCUCUCCAGUUUGGCUGUCCCCUUUUGGGCUUGGAAGAAGUUGAGACACGAUAUAAAUACAAAUUUUAUUAUAUAUAUAUAUAUUAAUUUGAAAUGUGUUAAUGGAUUUUUAUUAUUUUUCAUCAUAUAGCCCAUUUCAAGUUCACUAAUCAUACCACAUUCCAUGUGCAAGAUGUGUCCGUAGAGGCAAAACACAAUCAUCAGAUUGCAUUAGUUGAGUUUCAUCAUGUUUGUAUAUUGUAUUUUGCAUUUUGACAUUUAUACAAAUAUUCAUUACAUCCUGCCUGCAUUUUUUAAUAAUGCAAAUCAAUAAAAUGUGUGUGUAUAAACACCCGUUGUCUGGUGAAUUGUUGUUAUAUGAAAGGCGUGUAAUCAUGUAUUGAAUACUGCCAGUUUAGGCCAGUGGAAAAAACGUAGACUUAUGGUUGUACUGAGGAGAUAAUUAUAUAUAAAAAAUAUGAUGAAUAUUAUGAAUAACUUGCUGAUUCUGUGGAGUUUGCUGAAUAUAUUUCCAGUGAAUUUUUUAGAGACUUAAGUGUGCACAGCUUGGUAAUGAUUCUGAACAGAAUAUUGCU